AUGUGUGUACGUUUUGAAGACAGACUGAAGGAUGAGAUCAGAAUAAACGAAGAAAAAAGAUACGAAUUUGAGAAACGUAGUGGGUCUACAGCUUUCUCAAGUUCUCAACAGAAGAAAUUGAAGGAAUCUAGUACUAAGUUCUCCGCUCUGUCAGGGUUUUUUAGAAGGGAUCAACCGAAGAAGAGUAGCAAGAAAGCUCCAGCUCCGUUAGUAGUUAGUGUAGGUAAUGUGUGGAAUACGAAUAGAACAAAGUGCAAGCAAUGCAGGCGGUUUCACCUUGGUGUUUGUAGAGUUAAUGACGGGACGUGUUUUGUAUGUGGAUAUCCAGACCAUUUUAAAAGAGAGUGUCCAAAUCAUAAGGAGCCUAAUAAAGAGCAUAACGAGAAAUCUGUGACAACUCAUACUCGAGGUAGAAGACCUGGAAAUAGCCAUUUGGCUGGGAUCAAAAGGGGUGGGGUUAAAGAAAUAGCGGUCAAAUCUAAAGCUAGGGAUCUUGCUAGAACAUAUGCCAUUCGUAUACGAAGGGAAGCCUCGUCUCCUGAUGUUAUUGCGGGCCAUAAUGUUAUAGUUGAUUUGGUUUCCAAGCAAUGUCCAUUGAAAAUUCAAGGCUACAACUUUCCUGCCGAUUUAAUGUUGUUACCCUUCAAUGAGUUUGAUGUCAUCCUGGGUAUUAAUUGGCUAAACAUGCAUGAUGUUGUGUUUAGUUGUCGUCAGAAAAGGGUUGAGUUGAAGGUUUCAAAUGGUGAAAUUUUGGAUUCCAAAUUGUCAGAGAAGAAAGUGGAUCAAGUGUCGUUAAUUUGUGAAUUUUCAGAUGUUUUUCCUGAGGAAUUACUGGGUUUACCACCGGAGUGA